AUGAUGCUAGUACGUAGACGCCAGUUGGCUAACGGAAAGAAGAGCUUAACUCCAAGGACAAACGGGCAUAUUUUGAAGGGAGAUGGUGCUCCAUCGCAACCUCCGCCUUUAUGGUUAGACAAAUCCACUGUUCCUGAGUACACUGCAAAUGGCGAUAGAAGCACUCCGUUGCCGGACUAUGCCAGAGCUUGUGCUGGUAUCAGAAGGGACAGUAAAACUUUGACAAAUGGUUCUGUUCCCGAGUACCACGGAAGCAUCAACUUACAAGCCAAUCCCCUGCAUCCAGAAUUUUCUCGUCCUGAUAGUCUGCACUACAGCUCAGAAAAGUACUAUCCGAUAAUGGGAAAAUACAAGGAUUACUCCUGCAUGCAAGUCCAAGAAUACGCUAGCCCGAAUUUGCAUCCAGAGAAGUCCGACGAUUAUGCAGAAGUGAAUACUUCAGGGAAUAGUGGAAACAAUGAUGGUGGGAACACUUCUCCAGCUCCUUAUGCUACGACUACUUUGGUCUCUGGUGCAAAAAAAAUCGUAAGUAAAAACUGCAACUAUUAG